UCAAGCCCAUAUGCUUUUUCUAACAAGGUAACUGGAUAAAAAUUAGACGUUGCUACCUAGUAAGUUCUGUUUCCCUUUUGGUUUUGCAUGCUAUCCCCUGACUUAAGAGUUCACAAUGUAGUUUGCCUACUAAUUACAAAGGAUCUGAGUUUGCCACCAUUGCUCAUACUGAGUAGUCACUUACACCACAAGUAGCCCAGAUGAAAUCAAAGGGACAACCCAUACAGUAUGGUACUUCUCCAUGUGAAUAAGGGUGGCAGAAUCAGGUCUAGGGGAAAUAAAUAAACUAAUCCUAUAGUACAGGAUUCUGUAAAAUGAUAUUGUGAAAGUAACAAAGACAUGUGAAUGUACUGUAAAAUAAAUGAGUUCCAGAUUUCCAUUACACAGUACUUCUGACAUUUCUAUUUUAAAAUUCCUUGUUUUAUAGACGUUCAAAAAAUAGAAGGGUAACAGUAAUGAGUCAUAUUUUUGCUGAAUGAUUAUGUAAUCUAAAAGGGUGUGUGCCUUUUUCCCAUUUGGAUAUGAUACUUUUCCACUUGGAUAUUAUAUCACAAAUUAUGUUAUAAAUUUAAAGGGCUCAAUGCUGAAAAUAUUGAGUGUAGUACUUACUACUUGGAGUAAUCUCAUUGCAGAAUUGGGCCUACAGCUGCAAAAUCAUUUCAGUUCUGUCUGCUGUCCAUGCUCAUUAUUUGCCAAAACAUCCAUCUUUUGGGUUGAAAAUUGUCCAAGCUUGAUUUCUGUACAAAGUACUCGGAGGAACUUGCACUGGUAAAAAGCUAUUCUUGCUCUGAAGAUUUUGUAACAGUCGUCAAAAUGUGGAAUGCUGUGGCUAAAAUCCUAUUAAGGACUAAAGUCCACCAAGACUAUUCACACACUCUACUGCUAGUGCAAAAGGGCAGGAGUAUUCUUACAAGACCGCCUUCCUCUAGGAAUUGUUGGCAACAUACAGCUGGAGCAGUUCAGCCUUUCAACGUGAGUACGAGUAUCCAGAAAGUGGAAGCUUUGGACGUGAAUAAUUUUGUCCGUAUUCACUGGGAAGAUGGGAGUAAGAGCCUUUACCCUGCUGUAUGGCUAAGAGACAACUGCCAAUGCCCUGACUGCUUCCUGCAUUCUGCUAAAGCACGCAAACUGCUUUUGGAAGACCUGGAUGUUAACAUUGGGGUGAAGGAGGUCACUUUGACAGAUAGACAAAAGGUGUAUAUUACGUGGCCAGACAAACACACCAGUGAAUUUGAGGCUGAAUGGCUGAAGAAAAGGUGCUUUUCUGAACAAGCCAGAGCAGAAAUGCAAGAAGAAUUAUUUUUACCAGCCCUACUUGGCAAGUGGAAGACAAAAUGGAUGCUAAUAAUGUGGCUUACACAUCUGGGAAGCUAAGUUUUCACACUGAUUACCCUGUUCUGCAGCAUCCACCUGGGAUUCAGUUUCUUCAUUGUAUAAAACAAGCAGCUACUGGAGGUGAAAGUGAAGUUGUAGAUGGAUUUCAUGUAUCCAACAAGCUGAAGGAGCAAAAUCCUCAAGCCUUUCAGAUCCUCUCCUCCACCCUUGUAGACUUCACGGAUGUUGGGGUCGACUACUGUGAUUUCACUAUGCAGUCUAAACAGAGGAUUAUAGAUGUAGAUUACAGAGGCCAGGUGGUUCGUAUCAAUUAUAAUAAUGCAACAAGAGACACUGUUUUUGACAUACCUGCUGAAAAAGUGCAGCCGUUUUAUGCAGCUCUGAAGGAAUUUGUUGAUCUAUUGAACAGCCCGGAACAUAAGUUUACCUACAAGAUGAAACCAGGAGACAUAGUAACAUUUGACAACUGGCGUUUACUGCAUGGUCGCCGGAGCUACCAAUCAGGAACAGAAAUAUCCCGUCACCUCGAAGGUGCUUAUGCAGACUGGGAUGUGGUAAUGUCAAGACUCCGACUCCUGAGGAAGAUCGUCCAGAAUGGCAAUUAAACUUUCUUCUGGUUUAAUAAUUAGCAAUGCCUUGGACAGUUCAUCUUUGUUUUAAAAAAUACAAAUAUAUUGGAUUUCCACAUUUUAAACCUUCACUAAUAUAACCUUUGAAAGACCGAAUAUAUUUUUCAAAGGUAUGCUUUGUUGAAAACAAUAUAUCUCGCAGUAUAUCUUUAUUCUGCUGUCAUUGUAAGUGGUAUUACACCCUGCUGUACUAGUCUGAAACUGGUUAGAUACCAAUACACCACAAAUAGGCCUUCCCUUCUCAGAAAUCAGUCUCUCCAGGUGAGGCAUCAAGAAAAGCCUUUCACAUGUCACCCAUUAAGGGUUUGUAAUGGACAGCAGCUUUCUGCGAAUUUUAUAUCUAUUUUCAGAGAUAUAAAACCAUUUUCUAUAUAAUGACUCGUUUUCUUUACCCCGCCCCAAAAAAACCCAACAAAAGCUUUAGAAUCUGCAGUGAUGUUAACAAGCAAUUCUACUCUGGAAAGUGACUAUUCAAAAAUAGCAUCUUCUUACUCAACAGAUCUGCUCUUUGUGUAUGUUCAGAGCCACUCCUGCUUAAUUUCACACCCACGAGUAAGUUUUUUUAGUACUUUUUAUUCCAGUUAGCUCUAAAGAGUCCAUACAGCUAUAAGAGAAGAGAUGGACUCAUACCCUUCCUUAUCAGCAGUAGUAUUACAAUACUACCUAACGUCCAGAGAUCAGACCCCUGUUGCAGAGGGUGCUUUGCAAAUACUUAGUAGAAGACUCUCCCUGUCCUGAAGAGCUUACAGUCUGUACAGCCAAAGGAAGUGUUUUUGGCCCCAUUUUACAGCUAGGAACUGAGGCACUGAGAGAUUCAGCAUGAGAGUCACAUGGGGGACUAGGCUCAGCAUUGCAAAGCCUAACUUUAAGGCACUUUGCCACCAAGUGGAAUUCACAGCCCUGAGUUAGGCACCUGGGCUCCCUAUACAACAAGGGGAGAAUUAGUUGCCUAAAUAUAGGAUUCACAAAAGGCAGCAGAUUGAGCUGGGAGCUGCCCAAGAUAGCCAGUAUGACAUGCCAAGGAGAGGGGUGUGUCCUAAACCCCACUCUUCAGUAGGUGGUAGGUGCCUAACUCCAGGCCUAAGGGAGGCAUCUCUCUCCACUUGGGAUUCACAGCCAUGAAGCCUUUCUUGGAAUUCAUUGCCUAAGCCAGGUCAUCCCUUUCUCAAGAAAAACAGAGGAGAAGCCCCCUCCCACCAACACUGGUAGUCACCCAGAACAUGGGAGACCCUGGUUCAGUUCUGCCUUCUGUCUCAGAUAUCCAUACUGACCAACAUUUCCAAAAUAAUUUCAGGGAGAUUUGUGGUGGUAUUUAAUUUGCUAAUAAAGCCUAUCUGAAUAGACACACUAUAUAAGUUCCCUUAUAUUACUUUGCUAAAUAAUACCAUAGAAACAUGUAUUUACCUUAUUAAUUAUCUUGUUGAAGUACUGUGAACAUAUCACUCUUGCUUUCUUCAGCCUCUCCUUGCUCGGAUAGAGCUGGUAGCAGUACUGUUUGCAAAACAAAUUCA